GGGGCCGGGGCUGGGGCCGUGGCGUCGUGCUCGUCGGCCUGCGAUUGGCGUUGGGCGCUUUGCUCGCCGUGCGUUGCGGAACGCCGUUUCCAGUGCCUGAAGGUUGUGUGCUCGUUGUUCUGCCCUUUAAAAACGUGAAUGUCUGCACUUGCUCACUCAGGAACGCCGUGCGGGGCGAUGCAGAGCUGUCCCCCUAAGCUGGAGGUGGACCUCACCGCGCUGCCCGCGCUCUGAAGCUGUGGCCCAAGGGAAGGAAGGGUGGGUGCGGCGGGUCCCGCUGCCUGCACCACGUCUGUGAGUUCGUUUCUCUCCUCGUGUGUGUUCUUGAGGAAAACGGCCUCUGUGGUUGUGGGGGCACUAGCGGCAUGAGUUCAGAACGGGACUCGGAGACCACCUUCGAUGAGGAUUCCCAGCCUAAUGAUGAGGUGGUGCCAUACAGUGAUGAUGACACAGAGGAUGAGCUAGACAGCCAGCAGCCUGCCAUUGAACCAGUGCAAAACCGAAUCAACACGGGAACCGAGGAGAGCCAAGAGCCACUGAAAAAAGACUGCAGCUGGCAAGUUAAAGCAAAUGAUCAUCACUUCUAUGAACAGCCCCAGUUUAAGAGAAAAAUAUUUCUGUGCUUCAAAAAAAGCAAAUAUGCUGGAAAUGCAAUUAAGACAUACAAGUACAACCUUGUCACUUUUUUACCACUGAAUCUGUUUGAACAGUUUAAAAGAGCAGCCAACUCCUAUUUCCUGGUACUCCUCAUUUUGCAGGCAAUUCCCCAGAUAAGUACUCUGUCAUGGUAUACAACGCUGGUGCCCUUACUCUUGGUGCUGGGAAUAACUGCAGUCAAAGACCUAGUGGAUGACAUAGUUCGUCACAGGAUGGACAAUGAGGUUAAUAAUAGAACAUGUGAAGUCAUCAGGGAAGGAAGGUUCAAAAACACGAAAUGGAAAGAUAUUAAAGUUGGUGAUAUCAUUCGUCUGAAGAAGAAUACUUUCGUUCCUGCCGAUAUUUUGCUGCUAUCCAGCUCAGAACCAAACAGUCUCUGCUACGUAGAGACGGCUGAACUAGAUGGUGAGACAAACUUAAAAUUUAAAAUGGCCCUUGAGGUAACAGACAGGUAUCUUCAAGAGGAGAAAGCAAUGGCAGACUUCAAUGGUCUGAUUGAAUGUGAAGAGCCUAAUAACCGACUGGAUAAGUUCACAGGAACAUUAUUCUGGAGAAACAGAAGCUAUGCAUUGGAUGCUGAUAAGAUCUUGUUACGUGGAUGCAAAGUCAGGAAUACAGAUUUCUGCCAUGGAGUUGUCAUAUUUGCAGGUGCUGAUACAAAAAUAAUGAAAAACAGUGGAAAGACAAAAUUUAAGAGGACAAAAAUUGACUCCCUUAUGAAUUACAUGGUUUAUACUAUUUUCGUUGUCCUCAUCCUGUUUUCGGCUGGCCUCGCCAUCGGGCACACUUACUGGGAGCAGCAGAUUGGCAACUCAUCUUGGUACCUCUACGACGCACAGGACUACAGCCCUCCGUACCGCGGCUUCCUUAACUUCUGGGGCUAUAUCAUUGUUCUGAACACUAUGGUUCCCAUUUCUCUCUAUGUGAGCGUUGAAGUGAUUCGUUUGGGCCAAAGUUAUUUUAUAAACUGGGACCUGCAAAUGUAUUACCCUGAGAAGGACACGGCUGCAAAGGCCAGAACCACCACUCUGAAUGAGCAGCUGGGGCAGAUCCAUUAUAUCUUCUCCGACAAGACAGGAACUCUCACACAGAACAUCAUGACAUUUAAAAAAUGCUGCAUAAAUGGCCAAAGAUACGGAGACUGCCGGGAUAGUGCAGGCCAGCUCCCAAGCCACCCAGAGCAAGUGGAUUUCAGCUGGAACAGGUAUGCAGAUGGAAAGUUCUUGUUCUAUGAUCACUAUCUCAUAGAGCAAAUAAGGUCGAAAAAAGAACCAGAAAUCCAGGAGUUCUUUCUUCUGCUCGCUAUUUGUCACACAGUCAUGGUGGAUGUUUCUGAUGGUCAGAUCAAUUACCAGGCAGCCUCCCCAGACGAAGGGGCCUUGGUUACAGCGGCCAGAAACUUUGGCUAUGUUUUUCUUUCACGAACACAAAAUACCAUCACCAUAAGUGAAAUGGGGACUGAGAGAACUUAUGAUGUCCUUGCCAUCUUGGAUUUCAACAGCGAUAGAAAACGAAUGUCUGUCAUUGUAAGAGAAUCCAACGGAAAUAUCAGGCUGUAUUGUAAAGGAGCUGAUACAGUAAUUUUUGAACGGUUGCACCCAAGGAAUUUAAAGAGAGAAGCGACGGAAGAAGCACUGGAUGUUUUUGCAAGUGAAACUCUAAGAACACUCUGUCUCUGCUAUAGAGACAUUAGUCAUGAUGAAUUUGAAGCAUGGAAUAAAAAGUUCAUGGAGGCCAGUGUAGCUACAAGCAAUCGUGAUGAAGCUCUGGACAAAGUAUAUGAGGAAGUAGAAAAAGACUUGAUUCUUCUUGGUGCAACAGCUAUUGAAGACAAACUACAGGAUGGAGUUCCAGAAACUAUUUCAAAACUUUCAAAAGCAGAUAUUAAAAUCUGGGUGCUUACUGGAGACAAAAAAGAAACUGCUGAAAAUAUUGGAUUUUCGUGUGAACUCUUAACAGAUGAAACAACAAUCUGCUAUGGGGAAGAUAUCAGUGGUCUUCUUCAGACUAGGUUAGAAAACCAGAGGAAUAGAGCUGGAUCAAGCACACAUUCGUCUCUAAGAAUGAAUGAACCCUUCUUUCAGGGUAGUAGAAAUCGUGCCUUAAUCAUUACUGGCUCCUGGUUGAAUGAAAUCCUGCUAGAGAAGAAAAAGAAGAAGAAGAAGAAACUUAGACUGAAAUUCCCCAGAACAGAGGAAGAGAAACAAAAGCAAAUGGAGAAGAAAAGAAGGGCUGAAGCUUACAAAGAGCAGCAGCAGAAGAAUUUUGUUGAUUUGGCAUGUGAAUGCAAGGCUGUGAUCUGCUGUCGAGUGACUCCGAAGCAAAAAGCUAUGGUGGUUGAUCUCGUGAAGAAAUACAAGAAAGCUAUCACUUUGGCUAUUGGGGACGGUGCCAAUGAUGUGAACAUGAUUAAAACUGCCCACAUUGGAGUUGGAAUCAGUGGCCAAGAAGGGAUGCAAGCUGUCAUGUCCAGUGACUACUCUUUUGGGCAGUUCCGCUACCUCCAGAGGCUGCUGCUGGUCCACGGGCGAUGGUCUUACAUUAGGAUGUGCAAGUUUCUAAGAUAUUUUUUCUACAAAAACUUUGCUUUCACGCUAGUCCACAUCUGGUAUUCAUUCUUUAAUGGCUUUUCUGCCCAGACAGCAUAUGAAGACUGGUUCAUCACGCUGUACAACGUGCUGUAUUCGAGUCUCCCAGUUCUGUUAGUCGGCUUGUUUGACCAGGAUGUGAGUGACAAAUUGAGUCUUCGGUUCCCAAGGCUGUACAUUCUGGGACAGAAAGAUUUACUUUUCAAUUACAAGAAAUUCUUUAGAAGUCUGCUUCAUGGAGCUGUAACUUCAAUGAUAAUUUUCUUCAUACCAUAUGGAGCUUACCUUCAAACUAUGGGGCAAGAUGGAGAAGCACCUUCAGAUUAUCAGUCAUUUGCUGUCACAGCAGCAACUUCUCUUGUGUUUGUUGUCAACCUUCAGAUUGGCUUGGAUACAUCUUACUGGACUUUCGUUAAUGCUUUCUCAGUAUUUGGGAGUAUUGCAAUUUACUUUGGUAUCACAUUUGACUUCCACAGUGCAGGAAUCCACGUUCUCUUUCCUUCUGCUUUUCAGUUCACAGGAACUGCUCCAAAUGCUCUGAAACAGCUGUACCUCUGGUUGACCAUGGCUUUAACAAUUGCUGUUUGCUUACUCCCUGUGGUGGCGCAGCGUUUCUUAUCCAUGACCAUUUCUCCUUCAGAAAGUGAUCGAAUCCAGAAGAACCGUAAGAAGUACCUGGCAGAAGAGGAGCAGUGGCAGCGGAGGCAGAGUGCUUUCCGCCGGGGGGUGUCUGCUCGGCGCUCUGCCUACGCCUUCUCCCACCAGAGGGGCUACGCCGACCUCAUCGCCUCGGGGCGCAGCAUCCGCAAGAAGAGAGCCCCACUGGCUGCAGUGCUGGGCAGCACAACAGGAGCUGCUGAAACGAGCUGAUUCACUGCGGUUCCAGAAGAGGUUUCUCAUCCAAAUGACUGCGCACACACACACACACACACACACACACACACACACACACACACAUACACAUACACACACAGAUUGUUCAACUCAGGAUAUUUUUUUUUAAACCAAAUGGCAUGAGGAUAUCUGAUUUGUGUCCUUUGUCACUGAACUUCUUCAGUUUGCUGGAAGCAUGGAAAAGCCAACAACGUCCUACAGAGCCCCUAAUCCUUUGUGUAAUGUGAAACUGAAGGACGGGUGUGCUGCAGUCUGAAAAGGGCAACGCAGCGACACCUGGAAACGAAAUCUUUUUUCCACAUCUUUAACAUUAUGUGGGUAUAAAAUUGCAGCUACAUUUCAUAUCGACUCUGAAAACAAAUGGCUAAGCAACAGUGACUCUGCGUGCACCAUUUUGUUACGUUUUAUGGGGAUAAAGACUCGGGGCUGUACACGCCUGGUGGCAGACCUGUAGCCAGUGUCAGACCGAGGUGUUCUGACGCUUGCAGGUGUUCCUGUUUGCUGUUAUUCCUUCGGUGCCUGACUGCAGCUCGCUGCACAGCACGGAGCAGCUCUCCUUGCACCUUGUUGUACGAGAGCCAUGCCACGGUGCCUCGCACAGCUCAUUCCUUCAAUUUGCCUGCAACGGAGAAACCCAAAUCCAUCGUUUCGGGCCUGCUUCUCACCUGCUGUCUUUCUGCUCGGCUGUGUGGAAUGUCUUGUUUCUCAUGCCUUGUGUGUUAAUGGAUGGCUGUCCCAGGAGCACUGCCCUGAGCUGGCAGUUUGCUCUUAGGUGCAGCCGUCAUGUUUAUAACCACAAAACGUCCGCUCGUGACUGAGAUUACCACGGGCCGUUCUUACAGUGUACGAAGCGUUUUGUGAUCUCUGUGCUUGCAGGUGUGUUCCCUCGUUUGGAUGAACGUGCCGCUGUCAUCUCCUGCUGCUUUUACAGUGAAAGUCGUGGCACAGUGAUUGUCCGAUGGAAUCUACAUUUCAAACACGUGAUGCAAAUAAACGCAGUGAAGUUUUCA